AUGGGUGGUAUAGGCAAAGGUACAUUACUACGAGAGAUUGAUGCACUUGAUGGUGUGGCGCCGAAAGUAACCGACAAGGCCGGAAUUCACUUUACCAUACUUAAUAAGUCCAAGGGGGCAGCAGUCCAUGGGCCACGAGCACAGAUUGAUAGAAAGAUUUAUCUCGAAGAGAUGCAGAAGGUGAUUUUGAAUUACAAGAACUUGACAGUUCUCGAGGGCCUGGUAAAGGAUAUUAUCAUCGCUCCCUCUACGGAAGCUAGUGACUUUCAAGGUAGAGCUUAUGGCACAGUGAAAGGCGUCUGUCUUGAGGACGGUACCGUAUUACUGUGUGAGAAUGUAGUCAUUACCACAGGUACAUUUCUCGGUGGAGAAAUACAUAUCGGAAUGGAUGUGUUUUCAUCAGGCAGAAUGGGUGAAGCAGCGACAUUUGGGUUAUCCAAAACGUUAAGCGAAACAGGUUUCAAACUCGGGAGGUUGAAGACCGGCACACCUCCUCGUCUCUCUUCAAAGACUAUUGACUAUAGCAACUUGGCUCCACAAGAUUCCGAUUAUCCCCCACAACCCAUGUCUUACAUGUCUGAACAAGUCGCUUUGCAAGAUCGUCUUGUGCAAUGCCAUCAAACGUUUACCAAUCCUGCUGUUCACCAACUUGUCGCGAGCAACCUAGAUAAAACUGUUCAUAUUCGAGAAACUGUGAAGGGCCCUCGCUACUGCCCUUCUAUCGAGUCUAAAAUCAUCAAAUUCCCACAAAAAACAUCUCAUGUUGUCUGGCUUGAACCCGAAGGAUUAGACACAGAUAUUGUAUAUCCAAAUGGUAUAUCGUGUACAUUGCCAGCAGAUCUCCAGGAACAGAUGGUCAGACUUCUUCCUGGUUGUUCAAACGUCACCAUGACUCAACCAGGGUAUGGCGUUGAGUACGACUAUGUCGAUCCUAGAGAGCUCAAGAGGACUCUAGAAACAAAGUUGGUUAACGGACUAUACCUUGCUGGCCAGAUCAAUGGUACCACAGGUUAUGAAGAGGCUGCUGCGCAAGGCUGUAUUGCUGGAAUCAAUGCCGGUCUUGCACUGGCUAAGAGGUCUCCAUUUGAGCUCUUCAGAUCUGAUGGGUACUCUGGAGUCCUCAUUGACGAUUUGAUUACGAAGGGUGUCGAAGAGCCUUAUAGAAUGUUUACCUCGAGAUCCGAGUUCCGCUUCACUAUGCGUGCUGACAACGCUGAUCAAAGACUCACCCAAAAGGGAUAUGAGGCAGGAGUUGUUGGGGACGAAAGGUAUAACCAUCACGUCAAAGAGAUGAAACAAUUCAAUGACAUAAGAUCUUUUUUGAAAGAUGUUAAGCUAUCCGGGGCUCGUUGGGCGCCUGUACUUGGAGAGCUCUCUGAUAAGGUGAAUAGGAAGACAAUGGUUGAUGGUUGGAAGCUACUAUCCUAUCAUGAUAUCACCCUAGAACACAUGUUGCAGAAUCUUACAAAGGUGGUACCUUGUGACAAGCUUCCACCGUUUUUUUAUGACUUGUCACGAUGGCAGAAGCAUCGUAUUGAUAUUGAAAGCCAGUACGAACCUUGGCUCAAGAGAGAGGAGCGACAUAUCCGUGCAUUCGAAGCAGAUGAGAAUUUGCUACUACCUGAGAAUCAUCACUAUACAAAUACCGGAAAGCUUAAGCUUUCUCAUGAAGCAUGCAUGAUACUUAAUACAAUCCAACCCAGAACCAUCGGACAGGCGAGAAGAAUACAGGGCAUUACGCCAGCAUCAAUUUUCGAGCUUUACAAAUUAGUAUACCAAAAGCAAAGGACGUCACCAACGGCAGAGCGGUGA